CAGAAUUAAAGUAAAAAUCAACUCGCCACGUUCCUGAUUCUUUGCCUUUUGGAGCAAGGGACGGAAUCCCCUCACCCAAUUGUUUUCCAAUCUUCCAUCGCAAACCGAUUCUGCUCACUCCACCAAGAGAUACGUACCUUUUUCACUCAAACAGGAACCUCAGGCAGGAAGUUCUUGGCACAGAAGAGGUACUUCCAGUUGCAGCUUAGAAAACACCCAACCACCUCGUUACAAAUACACGCCUCGCGAGUCAACCCAUUUGUCUUGAUUAGUAGACUCCAACUUGUCUGAUUGACUCUUUUUAAAACCAAGUUAUUCAGAGUAUUUCGGUCAAAUUCAUCAGACCAAGUGACUCUUCGAGUCCCAUAACCAAGCCACGACUCACAAACUCCACCACAGCGAGACCAGACCACGACGGGACCGACUCCAUCUCAAAGAGGGACCAACAAGUACCUACUCUUCUACGACCGCUUACACUCUACAGCACCCCUCAGGGGACCACCUUGGACCAGCAGCGACCACUAGCAACAGCUCAGGACCACGCACCACCAGACGACACAGGUGGACCGCUCUAACCGGCACCCCCAAACGCCAAAGGCGACCCUCCAGCAAGCCAGUCGUGGACCCCCUACUACCUGGUGUCUGAUCGUCAACUCUAGUCUCUCUGUCCGCCGUCCUCUCACUAUCGACCCUUGUACCAACGAAUCACUCUCCCCUGUCGCUAGCCACCCUUUGCCCGUGACCUCAUCUGGCUCUUGUUCUUCAAUAGUCAAUACCCCAACGACUGCUGGUCUCCUUCUCCCGCAUUGUUCCUCUGUUCCACUGUGGACGUGAACAACCAAACAACACCACCAAAUAUUCAUAUCGUCGCUUUCUCUCGUGUUCAGCAGCCGGCUGCUCACGUAAAUAAACACUUCCUUUUCUUUUUUCCCCCUCGCCCGCCAACUCUUGGUCUUUCGUUUGAUCCGGCACUGCACUUGCAAGUAUAGAGUACAAGUUUCUGCCUGGUUCUACGGUACCCUGCAAAUCCGAGCACCCACUCACCUUGCUCUGGCGACGAGACUCAGAAAUACACCAAACACCGCCCCCCAAAGCCCAGACCACCUAUCCUGCGACCGCCUCCUAUCGCUGGACAACACCAAUCCGGAGAAUACCCAACUUGGCCUAAUAUACAUACAGCCACCCAGCCCUGCCUUACCCCUUGACAGCCUCACCAAGAUCCGCCAAAGCCUCGCCCUUCCGACGACCUUCGGAUCGAUGCAAUAGACAGCCUCGCGAUUACCAUUUGUUAACCUAUAUACUCGACUCCAGCCCAACCAGUAGUCGAAAGCAAUUCCCCCAACAUGACUACAUCAACUCCUGACCCUUACGAAAUCCUGGGUGUUGCCAAAGAUGCGCAACUGCCCGAGAUUCGAUCUGCGCACCGAAAGCUCGUUCUCAAGUGCCAUCCCGAUAAGGUUCAAGACCCAACAUUAAAGGCCCAGAAGCAGGACGAGUUUCAAAGGGUUCAAACUGCCUACGAAUUAUUGGCCGACGAAAAGGCGCGGAAACGCUAUGAUGAUCAGGCCCGGUUAGCAGAACUCCGUGAGCAGAUGCGGGCGAAGGCUGCUGCGAGCGCAUCAAGUCGCCCUUCUGCUUCAACCACCGCGAGCCCCUCAUCAAGUCGACCUACACCUACAUCUACAACAUAUAAAUACGAAAUUCGCACUAAUGACCGCACAUACAAGACGGACCGACAGCCAUCGCCUGUCCGGGGUUAUUCUUCAUAUUCGCGUUCUUAUGAGGAUGAGCAUCCUCGCGCUGCCGAUAUCUUUGAGGGAGUUCGAACUGUGAGAAGGGAAAAGUCUUAUCAAGACAAGACUACAAAGCGCGAAGAGAGGGAGAGGGAGAAAGAGUUGGAACGAGCGCGAGAGAAGGAAUAUGCGCGAGAACUCCGAGAGAAGGAGCGUGAGCGUGAGCGACGGAGAAGAGCCGACGAAGCCAUUCGCCGUGCUGAGAAGGAGAACAAGGAGGCUGAGAAGGAAGCCCGACGUGCUGAGAAGAAGAGCCGCGAUAAGUCUCGCAAGCGAGAUACUGAGGAGAAGAAGCGACAUACGAAGCCUUACAUUGAGACCUACGAUGGUGAGCCCAUCUCAUCAAAGUCCGAGAAGAAGAAGUCCAGCAAGAAGCACGAUGAGCGACGCGAGCGUGAUCGAUCAUCACACCGUGAGGAGGCACCUCCCACGACAAGCUCAAUGCACCCGCCACCCAUUCCUGUGGAAUACCAGGAUAAGACCAACGCUGCACUCAACUAUAUCCAGGCCUCUAGAAGUAAAGGCUCAUACGCUUCUCGACACAUGGUUCAACCUCCCGCUCCUACUCCUCCUCCAGUCGGCUCUCCUUUCGCUGCUCCGGCUGACGAUGACGAUGCCCGCCGAUCAUCCGCCAAACCUAGACGCGGAUCCACCGGCGAGAAGGCUUACAAGCCUGAGGUUGUCGAUGAUCCUAUCGAGGCUACUCCUCCUACCGCUCGUCCUCAUAUGCACAAGUCAGCCACAGCUACUGGCGCACCUACCACAUCUCCUCCCAGACGGACGAAUACUAUGCCCAAUGAGGGUUACAGUCGCCACGUCCCAGGCAUCUCUCGAGCUCAAACCUUCAGUGGCGCGUAUCCUGAGCCCGAUCCCCGCGGCCGUGGUCGCACAAGGAUGCAAGCUCAGGUCCCUGAGAGUGAUGAUGAGGAUGAUUAUGAACGCUACCGACGGGAACGGGAGCGUAAGUCUCACCGCAGCAGCAAGAAGCAUCGCUCUCCUGAGUCGCGUGGCGAACAUGUGAUGCAGUACCGAGUAAAUGAUGGCCGCACAACGCUACAGAACUCAUACUCACGCGCCACCCCUACUGAGGAGGCUUACUCGUACUACGCCAACCAACCCAACGUUCGUAUCGUUGAGCGUCCUUCCAUGCCCUCUCGCGAUGCUGCCUACUCUGCUAGCUACGGCAACUACCCCGGAAAGGUCAAGACUUCAAGUUACGGCGAUGUGCAAUUUAGCGAGUACCCAGCUUACCGCGAAGCCUAUGCUGCCUAGACAGCUGAGCCGACCUCUUAUGUAUCGUCCUCGGACUUCAUUUCACGGCGUUUGACGCAUGUAUUCCACCAUAUCGGGUUUUAUUUAUCAUCUCAGCCUGGGCAUUGAUAUUUGUUGUUCUAUUGUUUCAUACACUUUACGAAACGAAACAUGUCUUACGAAAUACGAAAUUUACCUCGAUCGCAGACAGGCGAUUCGGGAUGCGGGAUGAACGGCGCGACGGGCAGUGUGAUUGUUUUGUUUGUUUUUACCACUUAGCUCCUGGCAUCUGGAAGGAAUUUGGAUCACAGUGGAAGGACAAGUUUGCAUAAUAAACUGUGUGUUCUUGACUUUGUCACCGUGUGGUCUUUGUGACCUCAGGGCCAAAUCAUUGUACGUCGUUGGGAGUGCGACAUGCAUGGCAUCGGAAGGGAUGGCUCUCAGUAUUUUUCUUUUUCUUACAUAUCAUCAUCGGCGUUGGGGAUAUCACACUCGCUCUGGUUUCUUAGUUACUCGGCUGAACGAGACAUAGCAGAUAGAGAGAUGAGGCAGGCUGAUACAUGGCCUGGCUUGGUUAGAAAUGAAGCUAAUUCGCCUCACAUUUGA